UGACUACUCGUCCAGGCUCUUUUCUUCACUACUUAUUAGCCAUGGCCUCAACCUCAUCCAGUAUUGUUUUCGACGACAUCUUUACGACGGAUGCCAUCGACGAGGAUGGCAAAAAAUUCGACCGAGUGUCUCGGUUAUACGCUCGUUCAAAGAACUAUGACAUGGACUUGACGCUUGACUAUAAUACCGAGCUCUUCCCUCUAGCCAACGGGGACAGUUUCACAAUGGCCCUUGCUUCGUCACUGUCACGGGAUGGUGGUGCACCUACUGCAGAUGGCGAAGAUGGCGAAGACAAAGACAGAGAUGUAUGGAGACCAGAUGGUAAAGGAAGGAGAGGCUUGGAAGAAGAUUAUGACUAUGUAAUGUAUGGGAAGGUAUAUAAGUUUGAUACUGGAUCAUCCGACAUUGUCACGGCCUACGCGUCAUUCGGCGGACUAUUGCUGUCAAUAACUGGUUCAUAUCGACACUUAACCAAUGUUGUUCUCGGCAACCCCAUGUAUGUACUACUCAGGAAAUGAUUGUUGUAGAUUUUGUACCGCACAGCACGCAUCCAUUGUGACGCACGUCAUGGGCAACAGUCAUGUCCAUUCAUCGAACUAAAUGCGUGACUCUACGUGGUGCACCUGUACGGAGGGGCAAGCGUCCCAUCCUAAUUGUGAAGUUGGCCACAUCAGAU